CAAUAUUCAAAUCGACAAGUGCUUUGUAAAACUGUCAAGUCAAAAAGUAUAUAUUAAACAGAAGACAAAUAUUCCUAAUUUUCUAAUUUUGUACUUGUGUUAUGGUCAAGUAAAUAGAAUUAAAAGAAAUAAUUUAUUGUAAUUAGUAUUAAAUUAUCAAAAAUGACUACUGAGGAACAAACUAAUCAAGAAGUAACAACCGAAGAUAUAAAAAUAGCUGAAAAGUACAAGUCGGAUGCUAAUGAAUCCUUUAAAAAACAAGAUUUCAAUAAUGCAAUAGAACUAUAUACCAAAGCAAUCGAAAAGAAUCCUACUGUAGCUGUUUAUUAUGCAAACAGGAGUAUCGCAUAUCUGAAAACAGAAUGUUUUGGUUAUGCUUUAACAGAUGCUUCAAAAGCAAUAGAACUAGAUAAGUCAUAUGUUAAAGGUUAUUACCGUAGAGCUGCCGCUCAUAUGUCAUUAGGAAAGUUCAAAGAAGCCCUUAAAGACUAUGAAUAUGUUACUAAAGUAAGGCCAAAUGAUAAAGAUGCUAAAAUGAAGUAUACUGAAUGCAACAAAGUGGUUAAAAAACUAGCGUUUGAACGGGCGAUAGCUGUAGAUGACAAUAAGAAAAAUAUAGCCGAUUCAAUAAAUCUAGAUGCAAUGACUAUAGAAAAUGAAUAUACGGGGCCUGAAUUAGAAGACGGUAAAGUCACUCUUCAAUUUAUGAAAGAUUUAAUGGAACUUUAUAAAAAACAAGGAAAACUCCACCGAAAAUAUGCCUAUAAGAUAUUAUUAGAUAUAAAAGCGUAUUUCAUGAAGCAACCCACACUAGUUGAUGUACCAAUUGAAGACGACGCCAAAUUUACAGUCUGCGGAGACAUACACGGUCAAUUUUACGAUCUCAUGAACAUAUUUGAAUUGAAUGGUCUUCCGUCCGAAACGAAUCCAUAUUUAUUUAAUGGAGAUUUUGUGGAUAGGGGAUCCUUUUCAGUUGAAUGUAUUUUUACUUUAUUUGGAUUUAAAUUGUUGUAUCCUAACCAUUUCUUCAUGUCUCGAGGGAACCACGAGAGUGCUACAAUGAAUCAGGUGUAUGGUUUUGAUGGAGAAGUUAAGUCGAAAUAUACUGCUCAAAUGGCUGAUUUAUUUACAGAAGUAUAUAAUUGGCUUCCGUUAGCUCACUGCCUAAAUAAGAGAGUGCUGGUAAUGCACGGAGGUCUUUUUACCAGAGACGACGUUACAUUAGACGAAAUUAGAAAAAUUGAUAGGAAUAGACAACCUCCCGAAGAAGGACCUAUGUGUGAAUUAUUAUGGUCAGAUCCUCAACCCCAACCUGGUAGAGCACCUAGUAAAAGAGGUGUAGGUUGUCAAUUCGGACCUGAUGUUACAAAGACAUUCCUAGACUUGAAUAAACUCGAUUAUAUUAUUAGAAGUCAUGAAGUCAAAAAUGAUGGUUACGAGGUUGCUCAUAAUGGAUUGUGCAUAACAGUUUUCUCAGCUCCUAACUAUUGUGAUACUAUGGGUAAUAAAGGUGCAUUUAUUACUUUAACGGGAAAAUCUAUGAAGCCCAUUUAUACUACUUAUGAAGCUGUGCCCCAUCCCAACGUUAAACCGAUGGCGUUUGCAAACUCUUUGUUGAAUCUUAUGUGCUAGUACCUGCCUUUUGUAGUAGAAUUGUUAGGUUACGUUUUAUUUUAGUAAUUUCCUUGAUUAAGUUAAUGACCAAACUGAUAUACGUUUUAUUAAUAAAUAAUCGCUUUCAAUCACCUACAAUCGGAUGUUUCGUCGAAAUCAUUAAAAUAUAUAUCAUGCAGGGUAUUCUGUUUUCAUGUAUUUGAAGUAUUAUGUAAGUUUCGGUAGCCUUUCAUUUUAUAGUUAAAAAAAGCAAAGUUUCCAAAAGAAUUUUCAUACACAUAGCUCCACUACUCCCAAAAAAAUAACUUUUCAACUUCUCUUGAGACAAUAAUAUUUAUAAAGUAUUUAUUGAUAGAAGAAAUUGAAUAUAUAUAUAUAUAUAUAUAUAUAUAUAUAUAUAUAUAUAUAUAUAUAUAUAUAUAUAUAUAUAUAUAUAUAUAUAUAUAUAUUGGUAUCAUAACAAAAACAGUCAUAGUCUAAAUUAUGUAGAAAAAAAUUCAUCAAAAGGUUCACAAACUGAAUCAUUUGUUGAAUAUUAUAGGGUUCAAGUUACAUCUAUUACUGAAUAUCUUAUACCAAAAAUAUCUAUUCAUAAUAUGUCUUAUUUCUGAGCAUUUUGCCACAUUCUGUGAUCCUCUUGGUCUGCUCUUUUUCUUUAUACAAGAUCUUAAUCUUACUGAUUACAGUUCAUGGUUUGUUUCGCUUCUUCAGUUAGUCUAAGGUAUUUUUUUUUACUAUACAUUCCCCUCAUGAGACUCUGCUGAUGUAAUCUUUUCACUUGAACUUUUUUAACAUCAAAAUUGGUUACAACUUCAAUGACUACAGGGGAGCAAUAAACAAUCUUGUUUUAGGAAUCGAAGCACGGUUAAAACAUCAAAUUACCUGCGAAGAAUUGGUUGGGUUUUACUUUUGAUAUAAAGUAUAAACAAAAAUUGUUAUUUUUAAAGAACAUAGAAAUCACAUUAUAGUAUAAAUGAAUUAGUUUGUAAAAAAUAUAUCAAAAAUGAGAAACAAAAUGAGAUUUGACGCAAUCUUUACAAAAUUUUCCGAUGAGUUUGAAGCUUCUGGAGUUGCUGUAGGUUUUCUGGUAAUUAUCUUCUGAAAUGUAUAUAAAAAAGUUGAAAACAAAAUGAGGUUCAUCACGAUCUCUACAAAACGUAACAACUUUUUCCAAUUUCUUCCACUGACGUUUUUAGUGACAACGUUUGUUAUAUUUUCCAAUUUUAUUCAACUAACCUAUUUUUCUUACCAAUCCUAUGAGAUUGUAGAGAUUUUCCUCAUAAUGAAGCUUCUGGUAUUACUGUGGUUCUCUGGGAGUUUCUUCUGUUACCAAUAAUACCAAUAAUCCACUCAACAUAUUUCAAUUUUUGGAAAAAAAAAUGAUAUCUACGGGAAAGUUCCAAUCAUGUGACUGGUCAUUGAGGUGUUGAAAAUGCUUCACAACAAGUUGAUGGCUCUAACUUGCACUAUUACCAAAAUAUUUUACUGUAUGUGUAUCAAAAAUUGCAAACAAAAAGACGUUCAACGCAACUUUUUUCAAUUUCCAUUACUAAUGUUUUCGGUGACAUCCUUUGUCAUAUAUUCCCAUUUUGUUGAAUUAACCUUUUUGCUUACCAAUGAGAUGGGAGAGAUUUUACCCGUGAUGAGUUUGAAGCUUCUGGUGUUGGUGAAGAUUUUUUUCUGUUAUCAAUAAUCCACUCAACAUAUUACAAUUUUUGGAAAAAAAAAUUAAAUACAAGGAAAAACUUUCAAUAAUUUGACUUGGUCGUUAAGGUAUUGUGAAUGCUUCACAACAGAUUGAUGGCUCUAAUUUGCUCUAUUAAUCGAUUAUUAUACUGUAUUAGUAUUUUUUAUAGAGAUUAAACCAAUCAGGUGAACAAAUUUUGUAUUUUAAGUAUAUUAUCACUGAAAAACCCUUCAUUCAACAGACUUGUAGAAACAUCGCAAGCUGGUCCUCUUGUAAUUUUUACUAAAAGUCUCAAACUCAUUUUACUUCAUGAGGUGCACGUGAAAAUUAUAAACUAUGGCUGUUUUUUCAAAAACGUUUCAAUUGUUCUAACUAUUAGUUGAAAGUUUUACUAUAAGUCUAUUGUAACCUAUCUCUUGAUAUUUUCAAAAUAUGAGGGAAAUGGGCUACCCUGUAUUUGUUUUUUGUUAAAAAUACUUUUAGAAUCAAAUGUAGGACCAUUUCAAUAAAGUAUUUAUUUAUUUA